GACUUUUGUUUGUUGCGUAAUAGUAAAAUAAAACCCAACCUACCUUGAAAACACUCAAAACAGUGGCAAUAGUCAUAUUAAAAUUUUCAAGUACUAAUUUAUAACAAUGUCCAAUAGUACGUUUAUGGAUAAGCUAAAAACUUUCUUUGGGAUCCGGCAGGAACCGCCAAGAAAUGAUUUCCGAAAUCCUAUUUGGGGCUCUGACGACGAUGACGAUGGUGAUGAACUGUAUACACGACAGCAAAUCGAACCGUACGUAGACCCGGCUGAGUUUCAUCAACACAUUUCUAAACAAAUGCAUGAUAUGUUCAAGUCUUUUGGAUCAGUUUUUGAUGACGUGAAUUUAUUUUUCCAUGAUGACCAGCUUGACACUUUAACCGGUUUCGGAGACGUUCCUGAACCGGAGGGCUUCAACAAUAGCAACAACAUUAGAGAUUAUUACCUGAAACCUGGAUAUCAAAAACUUGAACAACCCAAUCAGGACAUUGAUUUGGAUGGAAAAAUUUCGUCCCACGAAAUUUCUGGGCUGUUAAAACAAAAAGAAAACAGAAAUAAAGAAAGUACACCAUUUGACGGCAAUUUAGUGGCAGGAAGGUCAUUCUGCAGAACUAUAAUUACUACGAGCGUAACCAAACCGGAUGGAACUAUUGAAACAAGAAGGAUUGUAAAAAAUGGCAAUGAAGUCAUUGAAGAGACCACCACCUCCACAGAUAUAGACAUCAGAGGAUCGUUCAACACCAGCAUAGAUCCCAUCUCUUCCACAAGCUACAUCUAUAAGAAUAUUAUGUCAGAAUUAUCAGCACGCUUCAGAAACUUCAUAUAAUUUCCUUAAUUAAAUUACUUAAAAUGAGUAUCUAUGUUACUUUUAUUUAUUAAAAUUAUAAUCAUGUUGAAUUUAGUUAAAAUUAAAAACAGUCAAAUGGAGAUUCGCUUACUCCAUUCAUCAUUAAUAUCUCUUUGUUACUGAUUAAUUCUCCCAUAGAAGUAAUCCGUUGCAUAAUUUACCAAAUUUCAAUUCUAAUAAACAUUGAGAAUGCACAUUAACUUUUUAUGAAAUCUUUAGUAACAUGCAAAGGUAUCGC